AUGGCGCACUUCUUCCUCAUGCAAGGAAAGAUGGAUGAGGUUGCGAAGAAGCUCUUCGCCGCAGCGCAGGAAGCGAAUGAUGCCCUUCCGACUGAGGUGGCAGCUGUCACGAAGAUCCAGUCCGUGCACCGAGCCUCACAGAUUCGGAGUGUCUACCACGCUGUGGUGGCUGCAGCUCAACUCAUCCAGCGGAUUAUCCGAGGAUGUUUAGGGAGGAGGCGGGCUAAAUCUGUCAGCAUCGAGCGUACAAACAAGCUGCAGCUACACUUCUUCCACCACUGUGCCUGCACGAUUCAACGCCUUUGGCGGGGAUGGUGGAGCCGACUACACGUCCACGACUUCUACAUGCGCAGGGACUACCUGGUGAAGGUAGAACAGCGAGGAAAGUGGACGCAGGACUUCUUAUCUGCAGAGCACAAGGAGAAGCUUCAUGCAGCCAAGAUGGAGGAGGAGGUGAAAGUUCGAGAGGAGUUUGACAACCUUGCGGGUGACCUGCACCACCUGAUGAGCACCAGCAGUAUCCCAGGAGUGUACAAUCCGCCCUACAGCGACCUCCUGCCCAAAGCCUUCGAAAAGCCCAUUGAAGACCACCUCCGAGAUGCAUGUAGGGUCCAACUGCCGAAAGCCUUGAGAAGGCCACGCCACCACAAGUUGCCGUCGCCAAAGGGAUCCACAAGCUACGGUGCAUCGCAGGCAGAGAAGCUUGGGCACGACUUGGGGGCGCCACCCCAGGAGCUGCCAGAGCGAGCCCCUUUCUUUUCUCGAACUGCCAGCACCGGCCACUUGCGCAAGGUUCAGGGGCCCUUCAGGUCCAGGGAGCAGAUUGAAGUUGCCAAUAUCAAGGCGGCGAACACAUACAGAACCAUCCAGGCCUCUUCACCUUACGAUGCAGUAGAGGCCGAUCGACGGAUGCAGGAGAGGAUCUCGAAGCUAGCACGCUCCUCUCCGGUGGAUUUUAUGGCGCCUGGAAGCGUCAAAGACAGGCACAGCCCUGUUAGCGUCCAUGUGGGCCUUCCAUACAAAGAACGCCCACUCAGCCUGCGGGGUGAUUAUGUGGAGCUGCCGAAAAUCCGGGACAAGCCGCCGUUCUUCACUGCACUUGGGCAGGGCAAGCAGUUCUCGGACUACCACGAGCAGCCCAUGCUCCCGCAUGGCCAGGUUUGA